UGUUUGUGCUGCUGGCAGAAUUCUAGUUCAUAUUCUAAACUGCCUGGUUUGAGUUCUACAUAUUUUUUAGCUGUUUAGUUCUAUGUUUUAGUUUAUUUCGCUUAAUAGCAAAUCACCAUGUCGGUGGCGUUUGCACCUCAUAGACAACGUGGAAAGGGUGAUAUAACACCCACUGGAAUUCAAAAGUUACUGGAUGAAAACAAUCAGCUGAUUCAAUGUAUAAUGGACUUCCAGAGCAAAGGAAAGACAGCAGAAUGUUCACAGUACCAGCAGAUGCUCCACAGAAAUUUAGUUUACCUGGCCACAAUAGCAGACUCCAAUCAGAACAUGCAGUCUCUGCUCCCUGCUAAGUGUGACUCCCCUACUCCCCCAGAGGUAAAGCUUGAACCUCCUACUCAGAACAUGCCCAUGGGCCCUGGUGGGAUGAACCAGAGCGGAGCGCCGGGCCCCCAGCCCCCCCACGGACACAACAUGCCCUCUGAGGGCAUGGUCAGUGGCGGACCCCCAGCCCCACACAUGCAGAGCCAGAUGAACGGACAGAUGCCUGGGCCUAAUCACAUGCCCAUGCAGGGCCCUGGGCCGGGUCCCAACCAGCCCCCCAACAUGCCUGGCAGCGGCUCCAUGAACAUGCCCCCCAGCAGCCAUGGCUCUAUGGGCGGCUACAACCACGCUGUGCCCUCCUCUCAGAGCAUGCCUGCCCAGGGCCAGAUGAACAUGACCCAAGGACCCAUGGGUAACUACGGCCCCCGGCCCAACAUGAACAUGCAGCCUAACCAAGGCCCCAUGAUGCACCAGCAGCCUCCCUCCCAGCAGUACAACAUACCCCCUGGAGGUGGCGGGCAGCACUACCAGGGCCAGCAGAACCCCAUGGGCAUGAUGGGCCAGGGGAACCAUGUGAUGGGGCAGAGGCCCAUGCCCCCUUACAGACCCCCACAGCAAGGACCCCCUCAGCAGUACCCAGGGCAGGAAGACUACUAUGGGGACCAGUACAGUCACGCAGGACAGGGAGCCUCAGAAGAGCGAGACCCAGCAGCCAACCAACAGUCCCCCUAUGAAAAAGAUMAUGAGCGAGACCCAGCAGCCAACCAACAGUCCCCCUAUGAAAAAGAUCAUGGUAAUGCCCAGUAUGGCCAGCAGCAGGAGGCCUACCAGCAAGGUCCUCCCCAGCAGCAGGGCUACCCCCCACAGCAGCAGUACCCCGGACAGCAGGGAUACCCUGGACCGCAACAGGGCUACGGUCCGUCCCAGGGAGCCCCAGGCCAGUACCCCCAGGGUUACCCCCAGGGUCAGGGGCAGCAGUACGGGGCCUACCGGGGCCCCCAGCCCGGCCCCCCUCAGGCCCAGCAGCAACGCCCAUACCCAGGCUACGAUCAGGGUCAAUAUGGAAAUUACCAGCAAUGAGAGAUGGUCAUGGCAGUCACUCAGUCAGUCACCAAGAGCCCUGCUCUGACCUCUAACCUCUGACCUCUGUACAACUGUUAUCUGGACUUUUAUAACGGCUGCAGCUCACAGAGACGCCCACACACACACACACUUUGCCCUCUGUAUCCCCUAUGUCUGGGCCUUAUGUAAUGAGAUGAUUGUGUUCACUUCCAUUUCUCCCGUUCUGGUCUGAGUUAAGUCUCAAAGCAGCAAUGCCUUAAAACCAAACAGAGCUGCCUUAUCGAGAGCACUGCAGAUUGCGAAAAGGGCAAGAAAUUACACGUAAAAUUCAUUUUGUCUAUAUCACAGAGGACAGAAGUAUACAGAACUGAACUUCACACUCUUGUAUGGCAAUGUUUCUCCAUCUAAUAGCCCCCUUUUCAUAAGAAGCAAUAAUGCCAAUGGGAAGUGGAGGGGUGGGACGAGGAUGGAGUGAGGAGAUUUUACACCAGAAACAAAAUUCUGUAAGGCUAUGUUAUAUGUCAAGGUCAACAUAUGUGAUGAUGAUGUAAACAUGUAUUUUAUGAUUUUUAGAUGGAGCUAAUUUUGUAUAAGAAUUUGGAGUACUGUUGAAUAUUGUUUCUUUUUUCCUCCUGCAGUGUUAUGUCUCUUGAUGUAAGUUGUGAUUAACAUUGUUUUCAUCUGCUAUUUUGCUUGUUCUUCUGUUAUUUGUACCCCCUGAUUUCCCUUUGCUUCUUCAAUGACUUGUACAUUGAAUAUGUGCUUGGGGUGAACAAAUCGAAUGCUUUGGUUUUAUGAAUGGAUUGUACAUAGAAAGCCCUCAAACAAACUGAGAACACCUAUCUGUGUUGGAGCAUCAGUGGUGAAACAUUAUUUCUUUGGGCAACAGAACAUGACCUGUGAGUGGGGCUGUAUUCUGACUUUGAGAUCUACAGUAUGUGUGUAACUAGGGUUGCAAAGCUACYGGURAUUUACCAAAGUUACUGGAAUAUUGUGUAAUUUUAGUAAUUAACAGAAUCUAUUGUAACUUUGGUAAUCUAUACUUGAAUAACUUUUAAAAACUA